AACAGCCUGCCGUCCUUUGACAGCUCGGUACCCGAAGUCAGGUUCCUAUACGGACGACGUGUCAACGACCAUUUAACUCUAUGACAGUCAGUUUGCAAUGCAAGUGAGCCAUUUGACUUUAGAAAAGGCUCAUGUUUAGCCAUCUUUAUUUAUUUAGCUUUUAUGCUUGUUAGAUUACUAGCUAGCUCUGUUAACGGUGAACUAGUUAGCAACUAGGUCGCUGGCUAGCAACAGGGAUCCUCCCAGCAUUGUGAUGGAUAGCAGGCGUUAGCUACACACUCUCACUAUCAAUUUGGCUGAGCUGUAGCUAGCUGCCUCCAUUGUUUACAUGGAAACGGUCAGUUGAAGUGCACUGAGGGCAUGUGGUGAUCGUUACAAUACUGGAUCAACUACAGAAAAAAACAACGGGGACAUAUGGAAAUGGGGCUGGGAGGUAGCUAACGUCAGCCAGACGUUAGCCAGAUCUCUACAGCCUACUCUCUACCUGAAUGAGGAUGAUCGGGGCUUUGAAGGAGGACUGCUGGACUGUUUGACUUUGUGUGGGCGGUGGACAAAGGACAGCAGUUUGUUUGUCCAUAUUGAAGCUGAACCUGGAACACGAUUACACGAGGUUUACAGGCAAUAAACUCUGCUGGGAUGUUGCUAAAAACUCUACUGAUCACCAGUCUUCUUGGCUGGGUGAAAUGUCAAGACAGCCAGAUCAUGACACUAGAGGAGAAGACUGUCAUCAGGGACCAGAUUGUCGAAAUGUUUGAUCACGCUUAUGGGAGUUACAUGAAAAAUGCUUAUCCAGCAGACGAGUUGAUGCCUUUGAGCUGCCGGGGGAGAGUCCGGGGCCAGGAGCCCAACAGAGGGGAUAUAGACGACUCUUUGGGGAAGUUUUCUCUCACACUGAUAGACACCCUGGAUACCCUGGUGGUGUUAAACAAGCUGGAUGAGUUUGAGGAUGCAGUGAGGAAGGUUGUGACGGAUGUGCGGCUGGACAACGAUGUGGUGGUGUCUGUGUUUGAGACCAACAUCAGAGUUUUAGGAGGGCUUUUGGGAGGCCACGUGAUGGCCGACCUCCUACAGCAGCGCGGGGAGAGGAUGCAGUGGUACCGCGAUGAGCUUCUACACAUGGCCAAAGAUCUGGGCCAUCGAUUACUGCCUGCCUUUAACACCACAAGUGGCCUACCUUACCCUAAGGUGAAUCUGCGGUAUGGAGUCCUGAACCCCCUUUCACGCACAGGCACAGAAUCGGACACCUGCACAGCGUGUGCUGGAACAAUGAUCCUGGAGUUUGCUGCUCUCAGCAGGCUGUCAGGGGAGUCUGUGUUUGAGGAACAUGCGAGGAAGGCUCUGGAUGUCCUCUGGCAGAGGAGACAGAAGGGAAGUGACCUAGUGGGGACUGUUAUCAAUAUCCACAAUGAAGAAUGGGUCCGGAGGGAAAGCGGAGUCGGUGCUGGUAUCGACUCGUACUAUGAAUAUCUGAUGAAGGCCUACAUUCUUCUGGGAGACAAUGUCUUCCUGGAGAGGUUUAACAUUCACUACAGUGCCAUUAUGAAGUACAUCAGUCAGCCCCCCCUGCUGCUCAACGUCCACAUGCACAACCCCACUGUGAGCGUGCGCAGCUGGAUGGACUCUCUCCUGGCUUUCUUCCCCGGCUUACAGGUUUUGAGAGGGGAUCUGAAACCAGCUAUUGAGACUCAUGAAAUGCUUUACCAAGUGACCAAACAACACAAGUUCCUUCCAGAGGCAUUCACCUCAGAGUUCAGAGUUCAUUGGGGCCAACACCUUCUGAGACCAGAGUUUGCAGAAAGCACCUACUACCUCUAUAAGGCCACUGGCGACCCCUACUACCUCAGAGUGGGACAGUCCAUCGUGGAGAAGCUAAACGCCUACGCCAGGGUGCCUUGCGGGUUUGCUGCUGUGCAAGAUGUCCGCACUGGGAUGCAUGAAGACAGGAUGGACUCCUUCUUCCUGGCUGAGAUGUUUAAAUACCUGUACCUGCUGUUUUCGGAGAAGAGCCAGCUGCCGAUCGAUAUCGACGACUACAUUUUCACCACCGAGGCCCACCUACUCCCAGUGUCCCUCUCCAUCACAAAGCCCCCCUAUCAACGCAACCACACUGAGACUGUUCCUCUUCCCCAAGAAGAAGACCUGUUCACACACUCCUGCCCCAGCAUGGAGACGUUAUUCCCCAACAACCCCUCGUUUGCUAAAACCAUCCGGGACAGCUACAAGUACCUCACCGGGGUGGGACGAGCCGUCCACCCUGUACCUGUCAGGGAAAUUGAUCUCCCGUUCCAUGACAAUGGGAUGGAACCAGUAGAGUUCUUGAAAAGCAUGGGCAUUUCUCUCACCCCGCUUAAUGAGGACCAUAAAGGCAUUUACCUGGUCAAACUUGUAGCAGAGGUGAGCCAAGCACCGGAGGAAGAGGAGGUGGUGCCCCAUGUUGUUCAGCUCAUAUCCCCCCCAUUUCUGGGUAGGACAGUCAUCACAGCGGGACCUGCCAAGUUUGGGAUGGACCUAACCAAGCAGGAGCACGGGGUGAAGGGCAGCAUAGCGAAAGCCUCCCCCUACACUGCAUGUGUGCCAGUAGAUAAUGCAGCGCAGCUUAAAGGGCAUAUUGCCGUGGCGCUGCGUGGGGACUGCAUGUUCGCUGUGAAGGCUCGUCAUCUGCAGGAAGCAGGAGCCAUAGGAGUCAUCUUUAUAGACCACCGUGAGGGAAGCAACAGUCAGGAUACGCCCCUCUUCCAAAUGGUUGGAGACGGCGACUCCACUGAAGAUCUCACCCUGCCUUUAGUCUUCCUCUUCAGCCAGGAGGGGGCCGUGCUCACAUCCGCUCUGAAGGAAAAUCACAAUGUGGAUGUGCUGCUGCUGCCCAAAGAGAGGCAGCUGGGACAUGGUAAGACAGAAAAACCUGCCGGCAUGAACAUCAAACUCCGCUUGGCAGAGGAGGGGGAGCUGGAGGACGGAGCAGCCAGAGGGCCCACCCUGGAGUUUGUCUUGGAGAAAGAUGGGAUGAUUCUUAAGGAAGUGGAGCAAGAAGCACAACACAAACAAUUCUGCACAGAAGCCACAGAGGAGGACAGAACUGAAUCAUAUUCAGCAGAUUCCUCUCAAACUCAAACAGCGCUCUUGACCACUGCUGAUCCAGAAGCAGUUUCCUAACACUGAUCUCUCGUCAGUUUCUCAGAGCCCCUCACUGCCCUACACAGAGCCUGAACUGACCCCACCUGCAUGUUUACAGAGGAGAGUAAAGCAGUGUGACGGUCAUCUUCUCUUCCUGUCGUGACUUUGAAACCUAAAUAUGGUUUAUCAGACAGAGAGACAACGUGGUGCAGAUCUCUCUGGAAUGAGGGAUGAAAUGAGACUAAAAUCGGUAAUUUAAGGCCAAAAGCUGUAGGUUAGGAUGCCUGUAGUGUUGCUAUUGUAGGCACAUACAGUACAUGGUGGUUGUGAUGCUAAUGACACGUAAAUAAUUGAGUAGAAUUACUUCAGCUUAGAGCGAAAUAUAGAUAAGGCCAAAAUGUACUUAGCUAGGUUUUUUUUAUGCAAUGCAGUUUGUUUUUUAGUGCACCUUUUCACUUCGAUAACUACUGUUAAAUAUUCAGUGAUGGAGUAUUACCUGGCCACUAGGUGGUGUUAGCUGCCGUAGAUGCUCAAUAAUACAAUGAUAGAUGAAGGAGAUGAACUGGGGCCAAUUUGGGACGUUUCUUUUUUAUUUUGUACUUGUAAGCAACUUCAGGGAAUUUAAAGAGUGAAAGCAAUUUGCCAGGUUGACCUAUUGUGUGUGUGUGUGUGUGUGUGUGUGUGUGUGUGUGUGUGUGUGUGUGUGUGUGUGUGUGUGUGUGUGUGUGUGUGUGUGUGUGUGUGUGUGUGUGUGGUGUGUGUGUGUGUGUGUGUGUGUGUGUGUGUGUGUGUGUGUGUGUGUGUGUAUAUAUGUAUGCAUGCAUGCAGAGGAAAUCCUUACUUCAUGCAAGGAAACAAGAAUACAAAUGUUGUAAGAUUGACCAUCAUUUAAUUCAUAGUUAUUAUUAUUAUUAAGAAAUUAGGUUUGGAUUUUGCAGAUGUUGUCCUUUACUUCCCCAAAUACAAAUAACUGCACUCAUUAUUAAAUUGUAAUUGAUCAUGCCAUCUUGCAAACAUUACCAAAGCUGUUUUCUUACAGCUGAAGUCUAAGUGUUACUGUUGCUAAGUCACACAGGUUGGUCUAUGCACUUUGAAACACGGGUACGAUUGUCUAAGCAGAUUCAUUAGUUUGUGUGUGUUGCAAUAAGUAAUAGUUGCAGUCAUACAUCGUCUCAUUUACAUUGUGCAAUGAUUAGAUGUGUUUGGCCACCUUAAAAUGUAAGGAAACUCUCCAGGGUUACUCACAUUGUUUUAGUUUAUAUUCCAUUGAGUGUGCUGAAGUACAGAAAGGUUUUUGCAUCAGUCGGUAACAUACGACCUGGAAAGGCCACUUUAUUCAUUUACAUUGUUUUGAUAAAUACAGUGUUGUCUUUCUAAAACUAAACCAUUAUCUGGGCAUUGAUAUGUGUAAUCACUUCCAUACAUAAAAACUCUUUAAUCACUUUGUUCAUAUUCACUUUAUUCUCACUAAUAAUUUGUUGCAUGAUUUGUGUGUUUUGUGGUACAUCAAAUGUGAGCUUAUGAUUUAUUUUGUUAUACAGUGGACCUGUUCUUAAAUGCUGCUGAAUUAAUGUAAAGUCUUAAUCCAACAUGAUUGUUUUAUCUUUAUUGUAUUUUAAUUUUGUUUGCCUCGAUAAGGCUUUUGCCAACCCAUAUACCUCAGGACUGUGUGUGUUACAGCUCAGAGAGAGAAACGGAGUAUGGACAAGAAGCAGAGGAUUCUUUUUUUAAAUCAUUUUACACGCUAUUUUAUUUCCAGCUGUCUAAGUUUCUGUUAAACAGUGGCUGAAAAUCUAAGUGCCAAAAGAGAGGCGUGACACAGCUUCUGUUUCUGGUUUCUUCUCUGUAUUUACUUUCUGACUAUGAGCAGAGGCAGGCUCAUUAAUACAAU